UGGGAAUGUAACCACACAAGAGGAGAGGGAUUUUUGUUGUUGCUGUUGCAGAGCGCACUUUCACAAUGAUGUGCAAAGGGAAGCAGCUGGCUCCGGUCGCCGUGUCUUAUUAUAUUUUGGUUUCAUUGCUUGCAUCUAUCUCUGAUGGGAAUCCUAUUCGUCGCAACAGUACAGUCAGCGGUACUAGUGAGGGAGAUAUUAGUAGUAAAAUAAUAACAAUAAAAACUAAUGAUGCGACAGUAAACGUAACUGCUAGCAACCGCAGCACUGGAAAGAAGACUAACGAGACUGUAAGUAACACAACUGACAUUGCAAAGCCAACGAUUCAGUCUGCAGACACCAAAACUGAUAACAAGAUUAGUAUCAGCUACAACACUGAGGAUUUGGAGGAGCCCAUCACUAAAGACGUUAUCAGGAGGGUGUGGUACAAGCGACAGGGGGAAUCCGACGAACAACCGACUGGUGCUGAAUGUCCACCCCUGGGCCUGGAAUCUCUGCGUGUGGACGACACUCGGUUACGCGCUUCCAGUACAGAGCGGUUUGGACUGGGCGCGCACAGAGGGAGGCUCAAUAUUCAGUCUGGAAUUGAGGACGGGGAUAUCUAUGAUGGGGCCUGGUGUGCUGGACACAAAGACACAAACCAGUGGCUGGAGGUGGACGCCAGAAGACCCACCAAGUUCACAGCGGUCAUCCUACAGGGGAGGAGCUCCAUCUGGAGUUGGGAUUGGGUGACGUCCUACAAAGUCCAGCUCAGCAAUGACACCUACAACUGGACGCCAAGCAUGAACGGCACUGAGGAAGCUAUUUUUGAAGGCAACACUGACACUGAGACCCCCGUACUGGGCACCCUGCCCGUGCCCGUGGUUGCCCGUUACCUCCGCAUCAACCCCCAGACCUGGUAUGAGAACGGGACCAUCUGCCUUCGCGCCGAGAUCAUGGGCUGCCCGCUGCCAGAUCCAAAUAAUAUCUACACCUUGGAGACGGAUCAGGGCUCCACUGAUAAGCUGGAUUUCCAGCACCACAACUACAAGGAAAUGAGAAAGUUUAUGAAGGCCGUGAAUGAGGAGUGUCCCAACAUAACUCGCAUUUACAGCAUUGGGAAGAGUCACCAGGGGCUUAAAAUGUAUGUCAUGGAGAUCUCGGACAACCCUGGGAAACACGAAUUAG